AAAGAGCCAUUCUAAUGUGGUAAUGCUUCAGUAGGCUGUGUGACUCAAAUGUGAUAUAAAAGGACAGUUUCACAAGAUACAGGAGAGAGAGGAUGAGAAAUACUGAGGUGUGAGAAGAGGGAGAGCUGAUUGUAAUGAGGCCCACUACUUCAAUCCCCCUCCAGGCCCUUCAGUACAAGGCUUUUGUUGGCUGUCACUGUUCACUGUUUUUAGUUGCCAAGCAAGACCAAGUCGGAAUUCCUUUCGCCUCUGUGUGCGGACUAUAGCAGAUUUCAACCAUUUUCAUCAAAAUGAAGAACAAUCUCUUUUGCUUCCUCAGUCUGUCCAUUAUCGGAAUAGUGUCCACUGACAGUUGCUCGCUAGAGAUAUCUCCCUCCAGAGUAGUGGUGAAAUUUGGGGAUCCGGUGUCGGUCAGCUGUGUGGCCUCGCGUCCAGUGCGCGUGCUGGGAUGGGAAUCGGUCAUUGCCGCAUCGCAAACUCAGAAUGACCUCAGCGUUCAGUGGCGGGUGGACAGUUUGACUGACUGGAUUGAGGAGCCAAUCUGCUAUGGUGUUUUUUUCACUGCACCCAGACAGUGUGAGGAAAAACUCAACCUUGUUCUAUACAAGAAACCAGACAGUGUAUCCAUAAAUUUAGUAAAUCACAGCAGUCCAGUGGCGGAAGGAAGAGAGUACCAGCUACAGUGUGAGGUGCAGAACGUCGCACCUGUCCAGUACCUUGUUUUGCGAUGGUACAGAGGAAAAACUGAGGUUUACAACCACUCGUUCUCAGAGUUAUCCCCUGCAACACCAGUCCAGGUGUCCUCCACCUUGCUGAUUGUCCCAAACAGAGCUGAUGAUGGAGCUCAAUACAGGUGUGAAGCACAGCUGGAACUGGGAGCGGAAGGACCUCAACCUCCUCCAACAGUUCAGUCUGAUGUUCUCAACAUUGCUGUUCAAUACCCGCCGAUCUUCCGCAGACCAGAGGAAGAGACACUGGACAUCAGUGUGGAUAGUGAAACGGUGCUGGAUUGUACUGCGGAGGGUAACCCACCUCCUGUGUAUGUCUGGUCCUCCUCAAACCUUCAGGAGAAGGCUGAUCAGCCUGUUUUGACAGCUGCAUCUUUGAGCCCAGGACUAUAUACAUGCACUGCAUCCAAUAUCCUGGGGAAAAAGAGCAAACAGUUUGUCAUCAAGCACAAAUCCAAAGUCUCCUUUGAAAUAAUUUCUGGUCCACAGUAG